AUGUUCGGGGUCAACAUUUUAACUGUUUCUCUUUUUAUUCUCACUGCACGUGUAGUGUACGGAGUCUUUACGUCAUGGUAUCGCUUGAGAUCCUUCCCAGGUCCCUUCGUUGCGGCGGUGUCCAAGUUAUGGAUCGUUCGAGGCGUACUCAACAAAUCUCUACAUCUUGACCUCAAGCAGGUUUGUGAGGAGUAUGGUUCCUUUGUGCGCGUGAGUCCGAACGACAUCGUCACGGACAGCCUCGAUCACGCUCUGGCAAUGAGCUCAGUACGCAGUCCCUACAGAAGAUCGGAAAUCUACAGUAAUGUCAAAUUUGACUUCGAAAUGGACCACGUCUUCUCUGAGCGAGAUGAGAAUAGACAUCAAAGCUUGAGAAGGAAACUCAGUGCAGGGUACUCGGGGAAGGAAAACACCCAUCUAGAAGCUGGAAUUGAUGGUCAGAUAAGAAUUCUGGUCGAUCUGAUCGACUCGAAGUACCUAUCUACUCAAUCUUCCAAGCGCACGCUUGAGUUUUCACGCCUGGCUCAGUUCUUCACUCUAGAUGUCAUCACAGAAGUUGCCUUCGGUCAAGCAUUUGGGUUCUUGAGCCGCGAUGAGGAUAUCAACGGAUACUGCCACGUAGCGGAGCAAGCACUGCCAGUAUUUGAGUGGCUUGGUGUGUUCGGGACGUUGAACAAGAUGAUCCGGCUUCCUGGUAUUCGGAACUUGACUAUGCCACGCCCAACUGACAAGACCGGUGUUGGCAUGAUGAUGGGGUACGCGAAGAAGAUUGUUAGCGAGAGAUUCGAUUCAACUAAGGUCCCCAGAGACGAUAUGCUGGGAAGCUUUGAAAGACAUGGUUUGAGCAGCCGCGAAGCCGAGACUGAGGCUACUCUUCAGAUCAUGGCUGGCUCGGACACGACUGUCACAGCCCUCCGCUCCACCCUCCUCUUCAUCAUGACAAACCCAGUCAUUUAUGCCAAAGUCCAGAAAGAACUCGAAGCUGCUUAUCAAGAUCAAGAUAUUCUUACUGCACAGGGAAUUAUCUGCGACGCUGCAACACAGAAGCUAACAUACCUCCUUGCCUGCAUCCGAGAGUCUAUUCGCAUGCUACCACCAGCAUUCGCAAUGCUGCAGAAGCAGACUCCGCCAGAAGGUGAUUUACUUCCUGAUGGAAGGUUUAUCCCCGGCGGAACUCGUGUUGGCACGUGUGUCUAUGGCAUCGUUCGCAGCAAGGCUAUCUUCGGUGAAGAUGCUGAUGUUUAUCGACCCGAGCGGUGGAUCGAAGCGGAUAAUGCAGCUAAUCUUGACCCAGAGAACAACACCAGCUCGGCAAAGGUGACUUAUAGGCGUAUGAUUCAAGCUGCGGAUAUCGUAUUUGGCAGUGGAAGGUACCAGUGUCUCGGGAAGACCGUCGCUAUGUUUGAGCUGAGAAAGACGUUGGCAACUCUUUUACAUCGUUAUGAUAUUGUUUCUGUGAACCCGUCUCAACCGUGGGUCAGUGUGCCUGCAAACGGACUGCUUUUGCAAAGUGACAUGUGGGUCAAGGUUACUGCCAGGGAGAACACCGAGAGUCUUUAA